AUGGAUAUCUCCGAUAUUCUUCAAAGCCUUGGUUCACGCCCUGCUGAGCGUGAUCCAUUCGCCGAAGACCUCGGCGACCCAUUCGCAGCAGAUAGGGGGCAACAGUCAGGGCAGGCAGAUUUACAAGCAUUAACGAGAACUUGGGUCAAUGAGCGCGGCGCCGCUGAACUUCUUCCCUGGCCCAGAGACGGCCUAAUCGAACGCGCAACAAACCGCAUAAAGCAACAAAUCGAGCUCGUCGAACAGAUGACCGGCGACAUGGACCCCAAGACGAACUUCAGCCUCAUCAUCAUCCAAACCGAAGUCGAACGCUGGAAAUUCCUCAUCCGUUCCUACCUGCGAGCCCGAAUUGCCAAAAUCCAUAAACAUACCUUACAUUACCUCUCUACACCAGCGUUAUUAGAACGAUUGAGCGAGACGGAAGUGGCAUACGCGACAAGACAUCAGCAGUUAUUACACAACCAUUAUUUGAGCAGUUUUCUUGGGAGUUUUCCCCAGAAUCUGCAGAAUUUGAAUGAUACGGCGGGGGGCAUAAGCAUGAUAACUGGCCCCGAUGAGGAUGGGGGUGUGUUUGUCCGGGGAUUGGGCUCAAGAGAUAUUGGUGGCGAGGGGACGAUUACUGUUAGAGGUAGAGGGAGAGACGGCGAUGGGGAGGUUGAGGUUGAGAGAGGAGAAGUGGUAGUGGCUCGAUGGUCGGACGUGAGGGACUUGGUUGAGAAAGGGGAGAUGGAGCUGGUUUGA